CGCGGCUCCUCUCGGUUCCUCUCGGCUCAGCCUCCCCCGCCGGCUCCGCCCGCCGCUCGCAUCGCUGCCCUCGGUGCUGUUCGGGCGGCUGGCGGUCCCGGCUCGACGACUCUGAACGUGGAAAGGGUUCAUCACCGCGAAGCCCUGCCGCCUCCCGGCUGCCCCGGUGCCAACCUGUCCGCGCUGUCCCAAAUCCACGCUUGGCUCUUAGGAUCCAGGUGAGCCCUUGAAGCCGCACCAGGAAGAUAGGAGCUUUCAGACACCGCCUCAGAGGAGCACCCAAGCACCCUGUUUUGCAGCCCCAUUUGUGGUAUAGGAAAGCAAUUUAAAAAUGCAGGAUAUAAUUUAUACAGAUAUCCUGCACCUAAUUAUCAUAGCUUAUAUGCAAUACAUAUGUUGCAACUGUAUAAUUUGGGAUAUAUUUUAUGGCAUAUGACAUUUGCUUAUGUAAAUUGUUGCUGCGAGGUUCCCAGGAGCUGAAAUAGCUCCCCGAGCCCAAAGGCAUCCAGAUACUGAGCUUUGACAGAAUCACAGAAUCACACAGAAUCAUUAAAGCUGGAAAAGACCACUAAGAUCAUCCAGUCCAACGUCCGUGUGUGCCACAUCUCCACAGUUCUUGAGCACCCCCAGGGUCAGGGACUCCAUCACUCCCUGUGCAGCAGUGCCAGUGCAUUACCACCCUUUUGCAGAAUAAAUUCUUCCUAAAACCCAGUCUGAAGUUUUGUCAUUUUAAUACUGUAAGUGUUUGGUAUUUGUUGAGUGCUCUCAGCAGUAUCAGUAGCAUGACAGGAGAUUGAAGUCCAGUAACUGGUUUUCAUUCCCAUUCCAUCCAACAAACCCCUUUUCAUGACAGCAGCCAUGGUAUUUUGAGAAGAUGGGUAUCAAAGUUCAGUAUGAGUUCAUCUUUGGUACACUGUUGUGUUCUUGUUGGACAAGAGUUAUUGGCCUCAUGUUGCAUGAGGGAAGGUUCAGGUUGAAUAUUAGGAAAAAUAUCUUCUCAGAAAGGAUAGUGAGGCACUGGCACAGGCUGCCAAAGGAGUCACCCCUGGAGAUGUUCCAGAACCAUGGAGAUGUGGCAACGAGGGAUGUGGUUAUGGGCAUGGUAGGAUGGGUCUUGGUGGUCUUAGAAGUUUUUUCCAACCUGAAUGAUUCUAUGGUUCUGAUUCUGUUUAUAUUAAUAGCACAGAUUCAGUAUGUUUCAUGACACUAAUAAUUGCUUAGAUGCCUGCAUAUAAUUGAAGAUCUCAUGGCUUUUUAAGGAGAGGCAGCUCUUUGUAAUGGUUUUUAAUGCUAUUCAAUGUGCUCAGCAAGUCCAAGCCUCCAAAGAAAGGAAAGAAAUAGAUGCGAACCAUAAUAACAAUAAAUGUAAAACCUCUGAGAUGACCCAUAUAAAAAGAAUAAGGAAAUCAAAAGCAGACUUCUUCCUCUUUCAGUGCCAUUUAAAUUAAAUGCCCUAAAGGGGGUUUUAGUUAUAUACCGCAAAAGAAAAAUUGGCAUUGCUUAAGAAAAAAACACACAUUUAUGGCUGUUCAUAACAUGAGAGAUUUAGGUCAGUUGGGGUCUUAACAGAGCUCUGGGAACUGUAUGCAGAGUUUACAAUUUACUGGGCCAGCUACUGUCUGGGCAGGGCUGGGUGCUAUUAAAGAGCCAUUGAAGUCAGCUUCAUUGAUGGGAGGAUCAAGGACUUGUAUGUUUAUUUAAAGGGUACAGAUCAGAUAAUAACUGGAUAAAAAAGCCAGGAAAGAAGGAAGCACCCUCUUCCCCUGCUCACACAGCUGGUCUGCCAGGAACACUUCACUGCUUCCCUGCGGCGCUCCAUGAAACCUGACGCCAGGAGCAGCUCCUCUCCUGCUGUGUGCUGGGAAUAUCCGAGUUCCCAGCGAGGUGGGGGAGACAAGGGAAGAUUGCUGCCUAUACUUCAGGACAAAAAUAGCAUCUGAAAGAAAUGACCUUUGCUGGGACUCAGAUCCUGCCUUUGAGAUCCCACCUCGGUCAGUGCAUUGACACCCAGCUACUUCCCUGCAGAGAUUUGCGCAGAAGUGGAUGAGCGGAGCAUGAACCACCCCUUCCUUCCCUUCUCCCUCUAUCCCCGAGCCCACAGGAAUUUGGGCACAUUUCUUUGCACACACCUCCCUCCCAUCUUGGGAUAAAAAUAAGUGAGAAGCAACCAAUGACCAGCUACCUUCCACUUGCACGGAGCUUAAGCUGUGAAUGAAAAGCCACCUGAGAACACUGGAUUGAGUCUGAAGGAUUCACCUAGCAGACAUAAAAACAAUAUACAAGGCUUGAGCAGAGCAAUUAUUGCAUACCACUCUCCCUGUGAGAAAUCAAAGGGAUGUAUGAGCACAAGCAUGUGGUAUUUAAGAGACUGCAACAUCUUUUCUUGUCUCUGGGGGUGAAAUACAUUGUGGAAAUGCAGUUUAACCUAAAUCAACUUCCUAAUAACAAACAGAAAUACACUUGGUCUGUGCACUAACUCAGUCACUGCAGGGAAAGAUGUUUGCUUUAUUAAGGAAUGAGCACUGCUUAAGUUUAGCAUCACUAUUGAUGCCAAAGGUACCGAUAGGAGCAUAGAGAAAAGGAUAGACCCUCCAAAGAGGCAAAUUGUAGGAGAAGAAUUCACACUUCAAGAAAAGUUGCUGAAAUGACAGAAAAAAACCCCCCUGAAUUUUAAAGUUUUUAUCACGACAAACGGAGAGAGAAGGGAGGGAGCAGGAUGGGUGGGAGAUGUCAUGGUGGGCUGAAGUGUAAUUCUGGUGGUGGGUCAAGGGAUUGAGAUAGGACAUUCUUUGUCAUUAUGCUUUCAGCCAUAAAAUGAAUUUUUAAUGGGUCAUAUCCUGUUGGCAUGUGGAGGUGAUGAGAUUUUGUAUGGCCUCUUUGCUUCUAUUGACAACCUGAUGUUUUCAUAUUGCGAGGGAGCAUUUUCAUUUGAGGAGGGAAUUUGAUGGGAGUGGGUGCUAAACCAUGGGGCAUUCUGCUCACCAAGAACUCACAGAGAACUUCUGAUGAUGAAAAGGGGGAAGAAUUAAUAGGGGAGGAGGAAUAUGCAUUGAUAAAAUCUCCAAGUAGUUUGUGGUGAUGGAAGAAUCUGCCCCAACAGGAAAAUGCUUGAAAUGACAACAGGCAGGGAGCUGCUGGAGAGCAGCACAAGGGAGAGCACAUGGGAAAUGCUGUGAGAUGGAGCAUGAAGCAAUUGAAAUCGAGUGAAGAGCAGAGAACACAGUGUCACCAAAGCUGUUGGUGUGCAGUUGUUGUUUUGGUUUGGCCCUUCUUUUUGACUGCCCCACACAAGACAUGUCCAGGAGUGGGCAUUGGGAUAAAGUGAUUGUGCUUUCCUGUAAAAUAUCAAUUUUAAUGCCUUGUGGGCAAAAACCAAACUUGGUGUCUGGCAGAUUGUGUUGAGAAAGGGAAUGCUGAAGGAUGGCAUCUUAUUGAUCACGUUAAGUUUAACAGUACUGGAAGGACUUAUAACUCGCUCUGUGGUUUUGCAGUGUCAUGUACCUCUUCCCAAAGCAAUGCCACGUUAAAUGGAGAAAGGUUGAAGGGUUACUGCAGGGCAUCUGAGCAGCACAGGAGCUGUUUGCAGGCUUCAUCGGUUGAUGCUUGUCAGUAAUUCCUUUUUCUGUUUUCAUUCUCCCAAGUCAGAGGGAAUAGAAUUACUAAGGGAAGCCGCAAGUGGUUUAAUAACCCUGAUGCAAACUUCUAUGAAGUAAUAAAGCAUUUUUAUCAUGAAAAUGAAAAUAUUUAGUGAUAAAGAUAGCGUGUUUUUUUGUAGGUAAGAAGAGCAAUAAUGAUAUUGUAAGUCCUGCUGUCAUUAGCAGUCACCUAUAACUCUGUGUCUGCAAGCACAUGAGAGAAGAAUGCCUUGCCUGUGCUACUUAUUUGACAGGACCGAAAAUAUCUGCUUAAAAUCACACAGUUUGAAUACAAGUUUCAAUCCUUUAAACUGAUGUGUAGAAGAUGACCCAUCCUACAUAGAUGCUAAUUUCAGAGCUGGUUGGUUUUAAUUACAGAAGCAGUACACUUUCUGUUUGGUGGCUUGGUGGUUUUGUUUUUUGUUUUUUGUUUUUUUAAUUAAAGCAACAACAACAAAAAACCAACCCGAGAAUAUUAAUACCAGAUUCUGAGGCAUAUAUGAAUAUUACAGCCAGCACCUUCCAAAAGUAGCAAAUUCAACCCAAAAGGCUGAAACUCUGCCCUCAAGUUUGGUCUGUAGAAGGGAAGAUCUCCUAACAGCUCGCUGCUCGAGAAUAAUUAGGAUUUUUUUUAAGCUCGGAACCACGUAACUUCACCAGCGUCCCACCAAGGCAGGGAGAAAGUCCAUUUUUCUCGGCUGCACAACUGCUGGCAUUUAGAAAUGGCAGAGAAAUUACAGCUGUCGUGCACUAGAGGGCACAGCAACAGCUCCGCCGACACGCUGAGCCCUGCCAGCCGCUCUCCCCAGUGACUGUGGGUGGGUUUGAACAAUUAUUUUUAUCAACUUUCGGUUAAUCGUUAGAUGGUUUUCUUAAAACAAAUAUCCCGUCUUAUCUCUGCGGCCCGGCGGUGUUGGUUUCUAAAGAAAAGAUUCCUGUAAAGAGCCAUAAUUAGUCAUUUUCCCUCUGAAUCUGCUUACACCAUGAGAACCGGCCCGGCUGUCUGGUCCCCUAGACAAGCACACCGCUGCAACACGUGAAGGGAAAUCCUGUCCUGGUCAUUGCGAGGGCAGACAUUGAGGAGUCUGCUACAAGAUGGCAUGUCCUAGGGCUGCAUGUAGCCCUGCCACCACUGAGAGCGUCAUAGAAUCAUUCAGGUUGGAAAAGACCUCUAAGAUCACCAAUUCCAACCCCAACCCGCCCCGCCAUGCCCAUAACCACGUCCCUCAGUGCCACAUCUCAUGGCUGAUGGACACCUCCAGGGACCCAGUGACUCCAGCACCUCCUGGCAGCAGUGCCAGUGCAUCACCAACAUCGUUGUACCAGGACAAAAUAAUACUGCAAAAGCUGUGGUUGGAGCAGUGCUUUCUUUUGGUAGCCAAACUGGAAGCACUGUCUGGAGAAGAGUUAUUAUCGUGCUGCCUGGUUUUCUUGCUGUUCUGCAACUGACAAUGCAUCAUUUAUCAUGCUUUGCAUUCCAAUUUUUCUUUGCAUGUUUUCCAGCUCAUCAUAACAUAAUUACGUUUCUGUUUCUUCCAGCCAGGGGCCGAAACUUUCUUUUAGUAAGACAACAGCUGCACUGCACAACCUUGAUGAAUCCCCAUAAGGAGAAAAUGUGUCUGUGGUGCUUGUUUCUGCCUUGACAACCCAAAUGUUCAAGCUCCUUUUUUUGUGACAAAUGUUGUUUAAAAGCCCCAGUUCUUUCAUUACAUUUCUCAAAAUGAGGUUUUAUAUUGUAAUUAAGAUGUGAAAUAUUGAACACCCAGGCUGGCUUGUAAUUUUUAAGGCUUCUUUUGUAACGUUUCUUUUGGUAGUGCUUAUAGAUUCGUAAAUACUGAGAUGGAAUUUUAGAGGGCUGUGAUUAUUGUUAUGGAAUUUUUUGAAUGAAUGAAAUUGGUUCUAAGCGUAUCAGCACAACCUCCAAGGAUGUGUUAUGCAUCAUAAGGGAGUUGUGGGGGCACAGGUGAGUUACUUCCUAACUUGGCCUCAGUGGCUCUGGCUCAACUGGAAGAUAAAGUUAAUUAUACCGGCCUGGUCUAUGAAAUGCAUUAACUGCUGGUGAUGGAAAAUGUCAUAAAAGACGCCUGGUAUUUUUAUUAUUACUUAGUGAAAUGUUCUAUCAGCUGCUUUGAAGCUGAGAUUUCUAAACACUUCCAGCAGGAGGGACAUUUUUAUUUUGCAGGGAAGAAAUCAGGACAGAGAAUAGCAGGGUUCGAUACUGGAGGUGAGCUGAGGGCAGAAUCUAUUCCUAAGGGCUCCUGAUUUUAUUUACCCAAUUAUACAAUUACUAUUUCCAGUCUCAUCUCAGAAUCUAUCUGUCAGAAUCCUACAAACAACCCAAGCAGUAAAAUUUGGGUCUUAAAGAUCCUCCAGAUUUACAAGUACAGGGAGUAUCGUGUCCCGGACAAAACUUCAGCCUGCAUAACUGCAAAAUGUACCCUCUGGUUUUUGCUUUCGAUACUGAUCUCUUGGAUGUUUUUACUGCUGCCGUAACUGUGUGAAGUUGGUUUGUAUUAGAAUAACUUUAUAGAUGGAAGCAAGAGUUUUAAUUCAUGGUCACUCCUUGUUACAUCUAUACAUACAGUGAUCUAAGGAUGCUCUUGGAUGUUUGAGCACAAAAAUGUGUGUCGGAAUGCUUCAGCUCUGUCCAUCACACUGACUGCUGAUGUAAUGGGCUGGAGGGUCUUUGGUGUUGAUGAAUCAUAUAGUCAUAGAAUCAUAGGAUCACAGAAUGGCUUGGGUUGGAAGGGAACUCAAUGAUCACAAAGCUCCAACCGCCCUGCCGAAUGCAGGGCCACCAACCUCCAAUCUAAUACUGGACCAGGCUGCCCAGGGCCCCGUUCACCCUGGCCUUGAACACCUCUGGGGAUGGGGCAUCCACAACCUCUCCGGGAAACUGAUGGGAACUGUACCUCCUUGGUCAAAGCCAAAUUCAACUUCCAUCUACCAAUGUUGUGGUUUCUGGAGUGGAAAUGCUAAGUCAUGGCUUGAAGCAGUGAUUGAGCACCUGGUGGGAAGGCAGGACCAACCCAGUGGAGUUCACCUACAUGCAGUGCAAUGCACCUGAGUGACCUGAAAGGGUGGAGCCAUGAUCCACCCCUUCCUAGACCUCAUUUAAAAGUUGGUAAUGGAAGCUAUGAUAUCUUGCUGGAGAUUCCUGCGUAUCUCAGGUCUUUUGAAGUCUUGUGAAAGUCUUGAAGUCUGUCUCUCUGGACAAAACUCCUAGUCUGAAUGGAUCUGUGAACACUGAAAAGGCACUGCUCCAUCCCACUGCCCAACCUAAGGGAGAAGUGAAUACAGGGUGUUUCAGCACUGAAGCACUGACUAACUUCCUUUGGGUGCAUAUGAAAGACAAAACUUGAAUAUCCCAAAACAUUCUGGAUGAAGACCUUGAAUUCCAAAGAGAUCUAAAAAGAGAAAGUUUGGCGAUUAAUCAUGGAUCAUAGGACUGAGGAGAAAAGAAAACAACGCCAUAGCUUGACCUUACUGGAACAACUAAAAAGAAUGAAAGAAUCAUCAGAGAUAGUUGAUGUUGUGCUAGUGGCCGAAGGUCAGAAAUUUCCCUGCCAUAAGGUGGUACUAGCUGCCUUCAGUUCUUACUUCAAAGCCAUGUUUACCUGUGGCUUGGUUGAAUGCACUCAAAGAGAAGUGGUACUGUAUGACAUGUCAGCAGAGAGCGUGUCUGUAAUCCUCAAUUACAUGUACAGCGCGGAUUUGCACCUCACUAACCAGAACGUGCAGACUGUUGCUCUGGCUUCGUAUUUCAUGCAGAUGGAAGAUGUUUUCAGCUUGUGUCAAAAGUACAUGAUGGACCACAUGGAUGCUUCCAAUUGUGUGGGCAUCUACUACUUUGCAAACCAUAUUGGAGCAGAAGAUUUAUGUGAUCAAGCGAAGAGGUACUUAUAUCAGCACUUUGCUGAGGUGAGCUUACAGGAAGAAAUAUUGGAGAUAGAAGUCCAGCAGCUGUUGACUCUUAUAAAAUCAGAUGAUCUGAAUGUUUCCAGGGAGGAAAGCAUUCUGGACCUUGUCAUAAGAUGGGUGAAUCACAACAGAAAGUCACGUGCAGAACAUCUUAUCAAGCUCUUGAAGGAAGUGAGACUGGUACUGGUCAGCCCUUCCUUUCUCAUGGAAGCCCGCAAAAGGAACACAGUGAUUCUGUGCAAUUCAGAAUGCAAUGAUAUGUUUGAGGAAGCGUUGAAAAGCAUCAAACUAGCCACCCACCCUUCUCUCAGCUUGAGAUAUGGCAUGGAGACUACUGAUCUCUUACUCUGCAUCGGCAACAAUUCGCUUGGCAUUAGGUCAAGACAUGGGAGCUAUGCAGAUGCCAGUUUCUGCUACGCUCCUGCAACACAAAAGACUUACUUCAUUUCCUCUCCAAAGUAUGGAGAGGGUUUAGGAAGUGUUUGCAGUGGUGUUGUCACUGAGAAUAAUGAUAUUAUUGUGGCAGGAGAGGCAAGCGCCGCCAAAAUGUCUAGACAAAAAAACAGGAACAUUGAAAUUUAUAGAUACCACCAGCGAGGAAAUCAGUUUUGGCACAGCCUGUGCACCGCUCAGUUCCGUGAACUCUAUGCAUUGGGCACUGUCCAUAAUGAUCUCUAUGUGAUCGGAGGGCAAAUGAAAAUCAAAAAUCAAUAUGUGGUCACAAACUGCAUGGAGAAGUACUCCAUGGAGCAAGGUACCUGGAGAACCACAGCACCUCUGCCAGUGCCAUUAGCCUGCCAUGCAGUGGUGACAAUGAAGAACAAGCUCUACGUGCUGGGUGGCUGGACACCACAGAUGGAUCUGCCUGACGAUGAGCCGGAUCGAUUAAGUAACAGAAUGUUUCAGUACGACCCGGGCCGAGACAAAUGGGCAGAGUGUGCACCAAUGAAGUACUCUAAGUACCGCUUCAGCACAGCCGUGGUCAACAGUGAGAUUUAUGUCUUGGGAGGAAUUGGGUGCCUUGGCCGCGACAGGGGGCAGACACGGAAAUGUCUUGAUGCAGUGGAGAUUUAUAACCCUGAUGGAGACUUCUGGAGGGACGGACCUCCUAUGCCUUCCCCGCUCCUCUCCUUGCGAACAAACUCUACCUGUGCAGGCUGCGUGGAAGGCAAGCUGUACCUCUGCGGAGGAUUUCACGGAGCAGCUCGUCACGAAGUCAUCACCAAAGAGAUCCUCGAAUUAGAUACAUGGGAGAACCAGUGGAAUGUGGUGGCCGUCAAUGUCCUCAUGCACGACAGCUAUGAUGUGUGCCUUGUUGCUAGGCUGAAUCCACGGGAUCUUAUCCCUCCUCCUCCUGAUUUAGUGGACCAAUAAAUGUUCAGCGGCUCUCUGCUUCCAGAUUCUGCGGAAAGAGAAGAAUAUGGAGAGACAAAUGGGAAUAUUAAUGGAGCCGGUGGCUCCAUUCUCUCCAUUGGCUAGGUGCUGCAGAGAGAAGCUUGUACCACAAGCUUAAGCACAGAAUUGCCUUCCAAAUGUGCUUCUCAGAUGAUGCUUAAUUUGCUAGCACUGGUACUGUGGACUUCUGUGUUUGAAAGCUGAUUUGCCAGCCUUGUCUCUUGGUCUGCCACUUGGUGUUCAAGCUGCAGUCUGGUGGUGCUUCUAGGGUCUGUGCCUUAGGAAUGGAGGCAGCCUGGGGCUCACCUUGCAGCACAGCACUAUGUUUGAAGGAAACCACUAACCAGGAGAAACACUCCUUUGCUGUCCAACUCACUGGGUUCUAGUCUACUGAGGGAGCUAAGAAAUAUCUGAAGUCAUCUGAUGGAAACCAAUCUGCUGUACCAAGGUGACAGAUUAAUUGGCUGAUGCAGGAGCAGAGGGAAGAUGGAGAAGAGCAUUUGUUUGUUUAAACAAAAAGAAAGCAUUAGCCAAGGUUCAUUAGCCAAGUACAAUAGCUGCUGCAAACAUUAUCUAACCCACAGUCAGGGCAUCCCUUCUUUGGCAGCAGAGAGCAGUUGUGCUGGUAGAAAAGUGGUCUUCUGGGAACAAGACACAUGUGAGUCUUCCUUUAGUAAUCCUGCACCAAAUAUGAGAAACUGCUAAAAUUUUCACAUAGAUCCUACCUGUCAUGAGGGAGAAGCUUGUGUGGUCAGAUGGAGAAGGGGAUGUAAACGAAAACAAAAUAAAUGAGAAACAGUGUUAGCUCUGCAUCUACAGAGAAAGGAUAAAAGCACCAGGCAUUUAGAGUUUAUGUAAACUAGUUGGUUUUGUAGAAGUAGCUUUAAUGAAAUAACAUCAGGCAAAUUCUGCACCAAUGGAGUUGGCUAUAAUUGCAGUGAAGAGGAGUAAUUCAAACUGUUUCUUAAAGCAGUGCUGGCCUUUCUGGGGCUUGAAGGCAGUGGCUUAGAAAAUUGUUACCAGUACAGCUGUCUUAUUUGAGCUACCAAUAACUGUUCAUCAUCCCCUGAUGCCUGCAUCACAGAAUACAUGUGAGUGAUUGCCUGGGCUGUGUGGACAGGAGAACUGGGAAUUUCUGUUGUGUUCUGGGGCUGAAACUGCAAAUGACUGUAUGCUGCAACAGACAGUGAAUGACAGAGGCAAACGCUGUAAGAGUAAGCUAGAACAUAGCAGAAGAACCAUCACAGUCAGCAAAAAGGUGUUUGUUAUGGUUACAGAAACAGUAAAAAAAACUGGAAGGAAAUAAUUGGCAAAUUAAUGAGGAAAUCCAUCAGGUGGUCACUUGCAGGAUUUGCAUUUCAGAGCACCUCCAUUUUCUUUUACAAUCACACAUUAGGCUACAAAAAUGAUAGCAUUUUUUUUCUUUUUUUUUUUUAAUUGCAAUGCUUAUUGCAGGGGGAGGUGGAGAGGAUGACCCAAAAGCCUUUCCCCAGUCCCGACUUUUCUGAUUCAUGAUCUAUUCUUUAAGAUAUCCAAUGGGAAUAUUAAUCUGUCAUAUAAAAACAAUUAGCAGGAAGGUCACUGGAGUUCACUUGAUAACAGUUAUCACAUGCUGAAGACUGCUCAGACAAUAAGGGAGUUGGUGGGAGGAACUGAGGAAAACAUGCAGAAAAGAAGUAAACUGUGAGCCAAAAAACUGAUCUCUUUUCUCCCUUUGUUUCCUGGGCAGAAUGAGUGUCUCAACCUAAACGCAGACAUUUGUGUUUGUAGCAGUUCCACAUCAUGCAGACGCUCUAUUUUUCUUUGUUGACACGGGGGUUGUUAUCUGUCCAGAGGAGAGCUGUGACAAGCGAGUCUCAACCAUUCCGGCCACAAAACACAGUUGCAGAUACAAGACUAAGGAGGUGAAAAAAGAAUCUAUUUAAAUAUGUUUUUAAACAAAAGCAAUAGAUUGUUUUCCCACUAACCAGGCAAUAUUGGAAUUUUUUUAAACUUUAAGUACUCCUGUGAAGUAUAGGCAAUGAUUUCCCUGCAGAGUUCUCAAGCCAGCAGGAAGCAAUGCUUGAGGAGCAGCUCUCAGCCAAAAUACUGAGUGUUUCCUUGUGAUUACAACAAAUUCUUGUACAGUACCUACAGAUACACUAUCACCUUUUUUGGUUUUCUUCAUGCACCACUGGAAAGUCAUUUGCCCUUGCGUGCACAGAGCAUUUCUUUUCUUCUGCAUGCCUGGUCUGGCUGUUGACAGGACUCAGUGUCUCUCGGUUUCCGCCUAACAGACCAGCUAUAUGUCCAGCAGGGAGUUGUUUUCUUCUUGUUUAAAUGUCUAGAACAAAAGAACAGUCAGACCAAUGUAGAUUCCAACUUCAAAACAUUGUGUGGACUCCACUUAGUUCUUUGUUUGCCCCUGGGGCGACUACAAUUUCUAAGUUGGAAAGGAAAGCUUGAGGGAAGGAAGGAAGAAACUGAAAGCAUGUUUAUUGAGAGGUACCAAUAUUAGCCAAAAUCCCUCCAAGAGUAUGUGAAUGUUGCAUGUCUGAUACAUUCAUGGGUAAUCUCACAUUCCUGGGAAAGCCCUUAAGAGCCUUAAUUUCUUCUACUAUGAAUCCUAAUGGUAGAAUAUUAUAGAAUAUGCACUCUCCAAGCUUGCGUGCUUCACUGAAAUAAUAGUUUACUUCAGCCACUUUCCGGCUGAGCAGCAGUUAGCUGAGCCUUUAAUCAAGGCUGCCUUGACAUCAUCCAUAAUUCUAAAAUGUGAACAAAGCAGUGCUGGCAAGCUAUGGGCUGUGGGAAUGAAUGGGGGGAUUAUUAAGCAAAGACAUGUGCUUCAGUUUCACUUGAAACACAGUACAUCACUAGUUGCCAACUAGAAUAAAAAAAUAUUGGAGAGGUUACUGGUCACAUGGUGCUUGGGGAGUAAAGAAGAAAAUGAAAAGCUAUGAAAAGCGAAUUGAAGCUCUCCCAUUAGUGUUUUAUCUUGACAUUGUCAGUGCAUAGCUCAUUUCAUAAGGAUCCCCGUGGGUCUCUGAUUUCUGUUUUCACCCAUCAGGUCACAAGAGCUGCCUGCACAUGUGAACCCUCAGGCACCUGACUGUGCGUACUCGCAUGCCACUACUGUGAUGGCCUGUGGCUCAGUCACUGCCUGUGCAAGGCAAACACAUGCACAAUUUCCUAUGUGCAACACUGAAAUGUAUGGGGAAGGUUCUGGAUUGGGUUCCAGCUGUAUUCUGCCAUUCGGGAUGCCUCAGCUUGUCAGCAGAAAAUUGCCUCGAUGCUUACAAAGCUGUUGGAUACUGCACUCCCAGGUAUGUUCCAGGCAACAGGCUGAGGGAGAUUAAAACUGAGCCCCCAGCAAUGGAACUUAGAGCUGCUCCCAGAUCGUUAUGCACAGAGGAGCCAAGGUGGGUGCAAUGAUGCUCCCAUCACUUCCCAGGAAGAAUUCAAGAUGUAAAAGGAUUGUGCCCUGGAUCUUAAUCUUACAUUUUUCCUCUACUCUAAGUGUGUAUUGAGAUUCUUGAUCAUCCGAAAAGCAAUGAAAGCAAAUGUUACAAUAAUACAUAUAAGUAUAUAAAAUUGUAAAGUAUAUUUAUGCAGGUCUGUAUUGUUUUUCUGCUGAUCUGGAAGUCUUUUAAUACAGAUUUACCAGUGAUUACUAUCUAAGCUGUAGCAAUGAGGUCUCUUUCAUAGGCUGCUCUCCUGAUGGAUUAUGGAGCUCCUCUGAAAAUUCAUUUCAUGAAUCAUAAUGCUUUGAAUCCCCAGGUCAGAAUUUCAGCUGCUCUUUGUGCAUUUCUGUGGCUCUCCCUACAGCUUUUCAAGUGGACUGUAGCUGUAGCUUCAAAGAAAAGCUAUUUCACCCCCAGUUGUGCUCAGCUGGAACUGGUACGUUUGCAAUUUGCAAUCAUUUGACGUGUUGAGGUUGAAAGCAAAGGAAAUACUGGAAAAUGGAGAAAAUAUACACUGAGCCUAUACAGAAGUACACUUCCUUCCUUUCCAUGUGCUUACUGCUCUGCCUGGGUGUCUGAUGGAAAGAUUUAAUAACAACCCCUGACUGCAGCCAUGGCAAAGGCCAUACUGGGUUAUGCAUUCGUACUGCUGGAGCAGAGAGCACGGUGCUGAGCUGUGCUGCCUUGCCAGAAGAAAUUACCUUCAAACAGAAAUGUGUUUAAGUGCUCCAUGAUGUAUACCUGUAUGCAUUUUCUAUACAUAUGUAUAACAUUCUUUUUGGAAGUUCUUUACUGACAGCAGCAGAAUCCCUUUUUAACACCUACCUGGCAACCUGUCUUCUGUAUAGCUAAUCAAAAUACUUCAAAUAAAGUGCUGUUCUUUAAA